AUGAGAGAGACAGAACCAAGAAAUUCAAUUCCAGUUCAAUUGCAGCCCAGGUGUUUCAGAAAAUGCCUAAAAGAAACCGAGCCUGGCCAAAAGCAGAGAGCUACUGAAAUGCAAUUCUUGGUGGGAAUGGUGAAAUGGGUAUCCUUGAAUUUCGACAUUGUGGCGCUGGAAGUGGUGAUUCUCUGCACAGCUCAUGAUUCAGAACCAGAAUUGAGGCACAAUGAACAAAACCCUAAAAGCAAAAUGAACUAA